CAAAACAAGACAAUUUGAAUGGGCUCGCCACUAAGUCCUGUCGUUACAGAUGCACUUAUGGAAGUCCUAGUUUGAUAUGCGAUUAUCUCAAACUAUUUUUAUUCUGAGUGGAAAAUUUGCUGACCACUUUAUACGAUUUGGUGGGUACACUCCCACUCCUUUAUCGUUGAAAAAGCUGAUUGCAUUUGGUAAAGUCGGCUCGGUUCAGGAGUCUGCAUCAUUCUUGGCUUAUGAACUUCCUGUUCGCCUAGCAAAUAUCUUGCAAGAAAUCCAUUUGCUCCCAGAACAACUCGUCAGAACUCCUUCUGCAUCUCUUGUGAGACGAUGGUACGAGCAAAGCUUCUGCGAAUUGAUGGACUUCGAAAAGAUAAAAUGGGACGAAAAAAGUUUAAAUCAAUUUAACGAAAUCCUCGCCAGUAUACGUAGUCGUCACACGACCGUCGUUGAAACGAUGGCACAGGGUGUAAUGGAAAUGCAGGAAAACUACAAGACUGACAUAGUUACAAACAACCAGGUGCAAUACUUGGAUAGGUUUUAUAUGAUGAGAAUCAGUAUUCGUAUGUUGCUUAGCCAGCACUUGCUCAUGUUUGGUUCAGAGUUGAAUAAACAUAGAAGAUACGUAGGCUCGAUUGAUCCUGAUUGCAAUGUUCGAGAAAUAUUGGAUGAUGCAUACGAGGAUGCCAAAUUUCUUUGCGAGCAUUACUAUUCAGCGGCUCCUGAAAUGAAGGUUCGGGUGCAUAGUGCUCUAUCCUACCGUAACGCGGAGUCAGCCAAAAUAAAUGAAUAUCAUCUAAGUAUCCUGACAAUGAUACCAGUGCCAAAUUAGCACUGACAUACGCUUUACUUUGGUUAUCUCUAAAGUCAAAGUCACAAAAACUACUAAAAAUGUCAGUUAAAUUUGGAAUCGCGCUGCCUAUCUUGUGGUCAAGUACUAUGUAUCUUUGCCAAAGCAUGUGACAAUGCAAAAAUUGAAUUUGUCUAUGUACCUUCGCAUUUGUAUCAUAUUUUGUUUGAACUGCUGAAAAAUGCCAUGCGAGCAGUGGUGGAGCAGCAUAGUAGGGCUGACCAACUUCCUCCCAUUAAAGUCUUGAUAGCAACUGGUCAGGAAAAUGUGGCGAUCAAAAUUUCUGAUUUGGGUGGUGGUAUCCCACGUUCUCAAAUGGAUUUAGUUUUCAAUUACACUUAUACAACUGCCGGGCAGGCUAAACGAUGCGGUGAAACAUCUUCAUUGUCAAUGGAACCCAGACCGCCUGGUCAGGGAACCAGUGCUCCGAUGGCAGGUUAUGGUUAUGGUCUUCCACUUAGUCGAUUAUAUGCAAAGUACUUCAAUGGUGAUCUUAUACUAUCCGGCGUAGAAGGAUACGGAACUGAUGCUAUAGUAUAUUUAAAACGUAAUGCUGCUGAAGCUGAUGAACUGCUUCCUGUGUUCAAUCGUACCUCUGCUAAACAAUACGGGAGUGCUAGUAUCCCGGUUGCCGACUGGUCUAAUCCUCAUAUAACAACUGGUUGGCGACGAAAUUGAAUAUCCCUUCAUUAAAUUUCAUUUUCACCAUAUUAAAGAAUUUUCUAACCGGCAUUUUCUCCUUUUUUGUGGAUCUCAUUACUUUAGUUUUCCAUUUUCCCUCUUUCACCCAUCACCAUUAGUUUCUAACUUGACACUAUAACACACCAGAUGACAUCGAUGUGAAGCUCAAAACAGUUUAUCAAUAGUACAUUUUAGAGUUUUCGAAAUUCCUUUCGUUCUCUUGUGAAUAUAUUUCACAGAGGAAUUAAUUUAUUUGAAUGAUGCUUCUCCAAUUCCUGUUGUUAUAUAUUUCAACUUUGCUCCUUAUUAAAGUAAUCACACAUUCAGUGUAUACUCUUAUGAGUAGAAUAAGAUUUUCUUUCAUCAUCACAUGAAAUCUUUUGUUCUUAAUUUCCAUUUACUUAUUAUUAAUUGUUAUUUACAGGCAAUAUUUUAGUUAUAAAGGGAAGCAAAUAAGAAAACAGAAUGUCUGAAAACAUUUUCGAUUCAUCUUCUAGUCUUACAUUAAAUGUGUUAGGAAACACUGUCUUAAAAUUUUAUAACUGACAUUAAUAUUGUUAUCAUUAAAAAGCUGAUAUUUUUGUUUUCUCCCUUUAUUAUUGUUCUUAUUUUUCAUAUUCUUCAUCUUUUUCAUCUAAAUCAUCUCAUUUCCUACCUUCAUUUCUCUUGAAUAUACAAAAACAAAAAUAGACAUGUAAUUCAAUGUGUUUGCUAAAAGACUAAUUAAAUGUCUUUGAUCAUUUGCUUUAUUGAACUGUAGAAUAUUUUUAUUUAUUGAUAUCAUGCUGAUCUUUUCAGUUUCGAAUAAAAAAAAUGUUUUUUUGUUCAUAAA